AACAAAGUCUGUUAUUCAAACACUUCUCAAAAAUCUUCCCAAAUACAUUGAUAACUGAAAUAGGUCUAUAAUUGAACAUAUUGUCUUUACUUCCAGAUUUAAAUAUUGGUGUCACUAUGCUUUCUUUAAAUUGGCGAGGAAUUACUGAGAAUUUGAAACAGAGGUUGCUAAUAUUACAAACUAUUUGUUGUAACUCUAUGUUAUCCAUUGGUCUAAAGAAUUAUUUGUUUAAUGGGGCGUGCGUGAUUACUGUUUGAGCCCAAUGCAUACUCGGUUUUCUGCUUAUUACAUGUAAGGCCCAACCGAUCAUAAUACUCAAAUAUUUCUUCCUUUGCCUACUUUGCUCUCUUGAAGACUGUGAUUUGCUAUUUGGAGUCACUUAGCGCUCAAGAAUCAUCUUCAUUUGUCCUGGAAUAUUUUCUACUGGCAGUUCAGCAACGCAUAGGCUUCACAGGCAGGGUACGAGGAUAGAUCCCGGGGGUACUCUGGUACGCUGGUGGUAUGUUUUUGUUUUGACAUGAUUGUUUUCACCGCGUGUUUGUCAGACGAGCAAAUAGUUUUCUAUAAUUUUGAUCACUGCUGCUACGUGAUAUCGUUGUCCAAGUGCUUCCAUGACUUUGGAAAAGUUGCAUUUUCAUUCCAUUGCGUUUGAUGAAAUCAUGCUGAUAUUCUGGAAUAAUUUUACAGAUACUAGGCAUAAAUCAUUGGAACACUGUAUUAUAUAUAUAUAUACAGGGUUUGUCCGGAAAGUAGUAGGACUCAUUUUUUUCCGCCAUGACUGUAGUUCGGAGGAUGCGCGCACCGACUGAAUUCGGUAGAGGGCGUUCCUAGCUAACGAAUGAGCGGCUGGUCAGUUGUCUCCGAGCACUUGGAGAGUCAGGACAGGCAGUUUCACGCGACGUGUGCGCGAAGAUGGUCCCAAAAGAGCUCACUGACGACCAGAAAUUGCGGCGAGUGGAAGUGUGCCAAGAAAAUUUUAAAAUGUGUGAAAGUGACCCCCAAUUUUUGAAUAACGUAAUCACAGGUGACGAGUCGUGGAUCUUUGAGUAUGAUCCCGAGACAAAGAGGCAAUCUGCUGAGUAGCACACGACGGCGUCUCCUCGCCCAAAAAAGGGAAGAAUGAGCAAAUCCAAAGUGAAACCACGACAACGGCCUGGCUCACACCGCCUUUCUUGUGAACAGCUACCUGUCCAAGGCCGGCAUCCCAACGCUUCCGCAACCGCCCUACAGCCCAGAUGUCGCCCCGCGGACUUUUUUGUUUCUGCGCCUGA